AUGGCGGCUCUCCUCUUGGCUUUCAGUAUUUUCCUCGGCAUCAAGACUAAUUUUGUGGUUGAAUUUGGGGCGGUUAUGCACGGCUUGCUUAGGGCAAAAGAAAUGGGUGCAACGAAGUUAUGUAUUGAGUUUGACUCUAUAGCGGUGGUUGAGGCUUUCAGGUCAGGUGUGAUCCCGUGGUUUGUUAGACAGGUUUGGUUAGGGCUCCAUCCUUACCUUCUUGCUAUCAUUUGGAAGAUUUCUCACUAUUUUCGGGAGGCGAAUCUAGUGGCGGACUUGCUUGCAAAAACAGCUGCGAAAUCUGGUGUCUCUGAGCCUUCGUUUGGUGAGUUCCCCUCGGCAAUUAACUCAGCUCUGCUUGAUGAUGCCUUAGGCCGUCCUCGGUAUAGGUUUGAGUAG